CAAAAUCAUGUCCUUGGAAAUGGCUUCCUUAAGUGGCAAAGUGCAAACAGUUUUAGGUCUUGUGGAACCAAGUCAACUUGGCCCAACGUUAACCCAUGAACACUUGACCAUGACCUUUGACUGCUGCUAUACCCCUCCUUGUCCAAGUGAACAAGCUUUGUCUAAGGUAUCCUUUGAGAUGAAGAACUUGUUUUGGAUUCAAAAUAACCCCUAUUCCCACAUGGAGAACCUCCGACUAUAUCAGGAGCCUGAAGCCAUCACGGAGGAACUCCUCCAUUUCAAGGCCAGCGGUGGUAGGACUUUAGUAGAAAACACAACCACUGGAAUUAGUCGUGAUGUGAAAGCCUUGAAAUGGUUUUCAGAAGAGACCGGAAUCCAUAUCAUCUCUGGGGCUGGAUUUUAUGUGGAUAGCACACAUUCUCCAGAGACCCGUGCCAUGUCAAUAGAACAGCUUACCGAGGUUAUCACUAAUGAAAUACUACAAGGAGCUGAUGGGACCGACAUCAAAUGUGGAGUUAUUGGAGAAAUCGGCUGUUCCUGGCCUCUCACCGAAAGUGAGAAUAAGGUACUUCAGGCAACAGCCCAUGCACAGUCUCAGCUUGGAUGCCCGGUUAUUAUCCACCCUGGUAGGAAUCCAAACUCACCCUUUCAGAUUCUACGAAUCUUGCAAGAAGCUGGGGCAGACAUCUCCAAGACAGUCAUGUCUCACCUUGACAGGUAA